CAUUGCCCACCAUCACAGGUCAAUUUAUAUUAGAGAGCACCAUUAUUUGGCCAUCACAGCUCAAUGGACGGAGCACCAACAGUCUUCAUGUUUCUACUAUUUAGAGUGAGUCCCUGGGCCUUGUGGAGGGGUGGAGACUUCGAGCCUUUCCCCUAUCUUAAGCCACCAUCCCCCCUCUGUACCGUCUUCUCCUUCCGGCGGAGGGAGGAGGGCAGCUUCAUCUCGGUUCGUCGUGUUCUCUCUGUGUCCGCCAAGACCCAGCGCUCACGACUGACAGCGAGAGUCUCAGUAGAUGUUAGAUUCAGCCAGUGUGACUGACUGACUGCCUUAGGCAGGACAAGGCCCGUUUACAUUCAACACCAUAGGACUCGCUGCUUGAUUGUGUUGAUGGCCUUUUUUGAUGGCCGUAUCCUUGUUGUUGUUGUUGUUGUUGUUGUUGCGCGGGAAACUCGCGCUCUUGGCUGCGCAUGCAUGCAGCAUGGCGUUUUUCGUUGUCCUUUGUCAAGAUCUUCGAAGUGAGUAUGUUUGUAUACCCUUCUCGGGGGGUUGACCUACCUGUGACCACGGAAGGAAGGCAUCAUCCGCGUUGUUGUCAGUUGCCUAACCCUACCCCUAACCGGUAACCGGUACGGGUCUGUCUGUGUUAAACCGGUAUGGAUGGGUGUUAAACCGGUAACGGGUGUCAGAACGUGCUGCAACAUGGGAUCGGUGUGCUGGGAAUUCCAACCCGAAGAAACAAGUAUUAUUUUUGUCAUCAUCUGUUUCUUUCUUUCUUUUUUUUUUCUUCUUUUUUU